UACAGCGUCUCUCCGACUGCAGAGAGAGCGUUUGCUUAGCUGGCUAAAUUCUCUAACCUGAUAUAUUAAGUUGUUGUUGUUGUUUUUUGGACAUAACGUGUGAGAUGACGUGUAGAAAAGACGUCGAAGACCUGCUCAAGUCUAAGCUACUUUACUACAGAGAUUAAAAACAACAAGAGGAUUUAAAACGUCCAUCUGUCAGUCGCUAAACUAGCUGGCGAAAACUAGCUAGCUGAGACUCAUAAAUAUUAGCCUAGCCUAAAAGGAGCAAAUUUCGCUCAGCGUAAAGACCUGCCGGAUAUACAGGAACAGUUCAACCUGCAACCUGUUUGUAGGACGAGAGGGGGGGAAACAAAACCACGAAGCCAUUCCGGAAAUGCUCAUAAACUCCAUUCAUUUUUGUUUCCUGUAAAACAAAGAGGGGCCCGAUGGGUUGCAAAACAGAGCUAAAAUGCAUUUGGACUCACGUGGGCGCCGUGACGUAUACAGUCGCCCCGGUGGAAACGCACGCAGGCGAAGGAGCCGUGUGUGUACAUACGACCCUCUGAAAGACUCCGGACAUCACCGUCUUCAUAUGGAUACAGAAAUACUCAAGCGUUCACAAUAUUUCUACCGAAGAGACCAGUUUUUUUUCCCCUGGCACGAGUUAAGUUCAGAAGUAUGAGCUGUCAUUUAGGCCAGAAGACCACAAGAGCGCCGUUUUUGUCCUCCAUCUUCAUAAUUACGGUCUUUUAUUAGACGGACCAUCCCAGUGGGCACCGGGGCUCCUGCAGAGACUGUGGCAGAAAUUUUCAUUCCAUUGUUUCCUUUUUCUGUUUGACUCGUCGUUAUUUCCACGCACCCCUCCAUUGUUCCUUGUUGGGUUUUUCUUUUGGUCUGCCUCAUGUUUGAGUCAUGCGUUCACAUUCACUCUGAAACGUUCGCCUUGUUCUCGAGAAAGAGUACUGUAGUUUUAUUGGGCUUCCUGCAUUACUGACAGCUUUGUUCGCUACUGUUUCUGUUCAGCCUCUCCGAUAGCUGAAACACAGGGCUUAGAAGCGAUUUGCACUAAGAGCUUUCACUUGAUUUAUUUUUUUUCCCCCUCUCUCUUUCUGCCAAAUCGUGUCACGUUCAAGCCAUAUAAAUUUCUAUUUUUUGAUGAAACUAUAGAUCUAUUUUAUCACGGUUAAGUUAGAUCAUAAAUUGUAUAUGUAUUUUUAUGUAUAAGCGCACAUAAACGCCUGCACUGUGUACAUCAGAUUCUUCAUGAAAUUGUGCACCUUGUUUUUUUUUUUUGUUUUUUUUUUCCGAGGCUAUUUUUACAAUUUUACAUUUCAAAAUAUAAUUUAUAAAACGUUUUAAUUAACUAUUAUUAUUAUUUUUUACCCGAGGUUACUAUGAAAGUUAGACAGUAUGACAGUACUUUCCUCCCGUAGCUCAGCAAGCGGACAUUGAACGCUCGUUUUUUGACCCCUCCGAUCCGCUCUGCGUUUUCUCCCCAAUGCCUGCGGGUCUCAGUGUGGGUGGGGCUCUCGGAGACCCCUCCCCUUCGCACCGCUUUCGCCCCAGUCGCUAUGUACCUGUAUCCGCGGCGACAACCUUCCUCGUUGGGGCUACGACACUUUUCCUGUGCUUCACUUGUCCCUGGCUGGCGGAGCGUUUCUCUUCUUCCAUUCCUGUCUACAACGUCGCGGUCUUCCUCUUCACCCUGGCCAACUUUUGCAUGGCUACGUUUAUGGACCCAGGGGUCUUCCCCAGAGCGGAGGAAGAUGAAGACAAGGAAGAUGAUUUCCGGGCUCCUCUCUAUAAGACGGUGGAGGUGAGGGGCAUUCAGGUGCGCAUGAAAUGGUGUUCCACGUGCCGCUUCUACAGACCUCCCCGAUGCUCGCACUGCUCCGUGUGUGACAACUGUGUCGAGGAGUUUGACCAUCACUGUCCGUGGGUCAAUAACUGCAUUGGGAGGCGGAACUACCGAUACUUCUUCCUGUUCCUGUUAUCUCUCACUACACAUAUAAUGGGAGUGUUUGGAUUCAGCCUGCUGUAUAUCCUCUAUCACACCGAACAACUGGACGAAGUGCACUCUGGAGUUACUAUGGCAGUGAUGUGUAUCUCAGGUCUGUUCUUCGUCCCAGUAGCAGGACUCACUGGCUUCCACAUUGUGCUGGUAGCCAGAGGAAGAACGACAAAUGAACAGGUUACGGGGAAGUUCAGAGGGGGCGUUAACCCGUUCACACACGGAUGUUGUAAAAACGUGUCUCAUGUGCUCUGUAGCUCUCAAGCUCCAAGGUACAUAGGAAGGUUGAAGCAGAGCCAGUCCCUUCAGGUUCAGCCUCCGUUUCUGAGACCUCAACUUUCUGAAGCACAGCUCGCUGCGAAAGUCCUGGACAAUGGGAUCCAGCAGUCUAAGAGCAGUCUGGAGGCCAUGGAAAGUCAAUCUACAGACAUUGAGCCGCCUCCACCUCCUAAACCGGAGCACAGAUACCAAGGGCUGCCUCACACACACAAUGAAGAGAGCAGUCUCCUGAGUGAAGCACCACCUACACCUGCGUUAUAUAAAUAUCGGCCGUCCUACAGCAGUCCGGGAAAAAACCACACACAUUCCACACACAAGAUGAAUCGGGGGGACAGUGUGACAGAGUCGCCCUCCGUCCCCCUGUCCACCGGGCACGCCAGCUAUCGCUCGGAGCCCAGUCUUUCGGGGCGGGGGAUUUCUGGGUGGCGACCAGGAGGGGGAGGGGAGGGAGGCAGAGCAGGCUCGGGGGGACUGGGUGGGCCGUCGGCUCUCGGAGGGCGGUCUUAUCCUUCUUUCACUGACACGCUCCUACACUCAGCGGUGGCCUCGUGCUCUUCCAGUAUCCGCUCUGCUCAAACGACCCACAAUGCACUGGGGCCACUGCUGUCUGAGGGCACAACCUCUACCAGCUAUAAAAGCUUGGCUAAUCAGACACGGAACGGCAGCCUGUCUUAUGACAGUCUGCUGACGCCUUCGGAGAGUCCGGAGUUCGAAUCGGCUGCCCCCGAGCUGUCCCCGCCCAGGCCGGCGCCGCCGCGCUCGCUCGGUUCUACUCCUGCGGCUCCACCCAUCAUGGGUUACACCUCGCCGUUCUUGUCUGCUCAGCAGAGGGAGGGCUCUCUCCAGGCCUGCCCUGCCCCCCUAAGACCCUCCCCCAACAGACCUUUCCUGCGCCCCACAAGCCCACCCCCUUCCCGAGCUCCGCCCCUGUCUCCUCGCGCUCGCUCUUUGGGUUCACCGCCUCCUGCCCCAGGAAGCAUGCCUAUGGGCAAAUCGUUAUCCUACGCUGGUGGAGCGGAGUUACGGCAGUGCCCAAAUAACACAGGGGGUGGUACUUCCACGUCAAACUCUAGGCAGAGACUGACCAAUCACAGCACCCACGCACACAAACCUGGCGGUGGUGUGAAGAAAGUGAGCGGUGUCGGAGGAACGACUUACGAGAUCUCAGUAUGAGUUGUGUGUGUGUGUGUUUUUUUUUUUUUUUAACGACGCAGAGGAUUUACUCGUAUCUUCUGACCAAGAGGAACGACCGGAGAGCAGAUCAUCCAUGUAAGCCAAAAAAAAACCAAACAAUCAAAGACAGAAAGAAAAGAAACUCCUCAUGGAUCCAGCAUCGGAGGAAGAACGCUACAAAUGUGGAUUAGUGAAUAAAAAGCCUGGCUCAAGUUUCCUAAUCUCCAUAUCAUGGUUUAUGAAUCGCCAAGAUUUUAUUAUUAUUUUUUAAAAACACAUAUUUAAAGAAUUGUUUUUUUUUUAAAAGAUUCACGAAGGCUGUUCCAUCCAGACCGGAGCUGCCGACCUUGCUGUAUGAACAAUCGCUCAUAGACUCCAAUGGAAAUUUUAUUGUUUUCCCGUCAUACUCUGGACCUUUUAUUUUCCUUGUAUUUUUUUAUGUUUCUUUUCCUAAUAUUAUUUUAUACAGGUACUGAUACAGUAUAGUGUAAGAUUUAUCGAAUAUGUUUGAUAGGAAUGCCAAUUAUAGUAGCACGUAGGCACUGCUUUUGAGGUUUGUUCGAUCGAUUUUUGUUUUUAUUAAUAUAAAAGACGGCUGCAUCAGCCAGUCAGAACCCGAGCUGGAGUUCACAGCCAAAGAGACAAGUGUAGUCAGGGACCUGCUUUUCACAGACAGCACACUUGGCAACCAGGAGUGAAUAUAACGUUUGAAUCAUUACAGCACAAAAUGAUUUGUGAUGGAAAAACCUGGGUACCGUACCUAUUUUGUGCAAGAUAAAGGGUUCCAAUCAAUCAGGAAGGAGCCGUUUCAAUAUCAUUGGCCAGAGGAGAGUGCUCUGGUCCCGUGAAAGUACAUGCUGGAUGUGCAGUACACCACUGAGAUGGGGGAACUGUACCGUUUUUAUUUUUUAUUUUAUUUUUUUAUAAGCAGUGGUUACGGUUCAGAGCUGGAUUAUAAAGAUGUUUUCUGACCAUCACUGAGGUUGAAUUAGGGCGUGUGUGCGUGUGUGUGUGUGUGUGUGUAUGAGCAUGAGAAAAUGGCAGAGGAACAAUUAUUGAUGUCUCAGUCUAUUCUACUAGAGCACAUUCCAGCUUUGAACCUCUCUGCUAAUUGUAGUGUGUGUGUGUGUGUGUGUGUGUGUGUGUGUGUGUGUGUGUGUGUGAGUGAGAGUGAGUGAAAGGCAAAAAAGAGAAUGAUGUAAGUGUCAUGUUUAGCUUUGAGGUCCGAGGAACAAUGAACGGUCAGUGUAACAUAAAAGCAGUUUAUGCAGUAACACACACACAAAAGUAUUUUUACCGAUAACCUUUUUUGUCAUUUCCACCAUGGCCUUAUAAAGCCUUUUUUUUAACUGCACGCAUUAACAGGACAAAAAGGAUUCGGUUCAAAGGGUGGAGGUUUUGUUGUUUUUUUUUCUACCUGUCUGUAUUCCUUUAAUGCAGGUGACACUGGGUCACAUGAGCCAACACAUUUCCAACAAAACAAUAAAUAAUAUUGCAACACUGAGAA